AUGUAUGCCAGUGAGGACAACAGAGAAACUCAGACCAACAGAAACAAAAGGAACACCGGUACAGUAACUGCAGAAAAUAUGCACAUUGGAGAUGAUGCGGAGAUGUCUCACUCACAUACAGCAGAUCCUCAGAACCGAGGAUUCUACAGGCUGACUGCUGUGUGUCUGGGGCUGCUGUGUGUUCUGCUGCUGACUGGCAUCACAGUGCUGUGGGUCAAGUUCACUGCAGAGAGAGACCAGCUACAGAGCAGAUUUGUGGAAAUGACAAUUGAAAGAGCUCAACUGAAUGCCAAUUACAACACUGAGAUGCAUCGGCUUCAGAAUCAGAGAGAGUGCCUUCAAAACUUUUCUAAUUUGGAGAAGGCAGCACAGCAGGGCUGGACAUUUUUCAAGACCAGUAUGUACUUCAUCUCUACUGAAAGGAAGAUCUGGAGUGAGAGCAGACAGGACUGCAGAGAGAGAGGAGCAGACCUGGUGAUCAUAAACAACAGAGAAGAACAGAACUUCACCGAAACUCUGAGACGAGGACAGAUGCUUUGGAUUGGUCUGACCGACAGUGAGACAGAGGGGGUCUGGAAAUGGGUGGACGGCUCAGCUCUGACCUCUAGGUUCUGGGCACGUGGGGAACCCAACAGUAGAGGAGGAGAUGAGGACUGCGCCAUAACUGAACAUAACUGGGCUGAUUAUCACUGUAGAAUCAGGUUUAUGUGGAUUUGUGAGAGAAAUGUUUCUAAAUGUGUGUUAGAGUAAAUGGUGCCAAAUACCAGGAAUAUCAACGAUUGUUUGGAUCUGUAAGGGAAUAUUUUUUGACCAGUGUGCUUAUUGUUUUUCAUGGUAGAAGAGAAACAGGAUAGAGGGAGUCAGGAGUUAACAGUGCUGCAAACUCCUAGAAUCAGAUUUUGAAAACUUUAGAAUUGUGUAAUGGUGUUAGUUUAAAGACGAUGGCAAGUUUGUGAAAAGAUUCUAUAGCUUUUUUUUAAUAGCUUUAAAAUAUCAAGCAUUAAUGUUUCUGAGAGUUCUGUCUGUCCUGGGAGGUAUUUCACGUAGGGCGCUUAUAAAAGCUCAGCUUAUUUGAAUUAGCCUAACUUAAUUUAGCCAAACACGCUCUACAACAGGAAUCCAGGUGAGAUCUGUUCCUGCCAAUUCAAGCUGCAACUUAGUAAACGAGGCUCAUGCAGCCCAGAGAGUUGAGUGCAGAUAGAUAGACAUAAAUGUUAUUAUACAUUUUUUAAUUAUCAAAACAUUCACAGAUGUUCAGCUUCUUUCAGGUUGUAAGUCAGUAUCCCUUAUAACUCUGCUAUCAAUGUGAUGUGGGUGACUAAGAGAUACUGAAGAUGGUUAAAUCUGGACUCUAAGUGAUAAAGUGCAGGUUCACAUCCUCACAGUAGGCCAGAAAAUAUGCACAGAAGAGUAAACAUUACAGUUCCAUUUAUACAGACAAUAGUAACUAAUAUUUUGGGGUCUUUAAUAUUUUAUCCUGCAUAAACUUCUGACUUUAGUGUUUAAUUAUAUAC